GUAAAACAGGAGAGCACUGCUGAUGUCAUAGCAGCUUUCCAAGGACUUUACUCGGUGACUGCUCGUGCGGCCCAAGUGUAUGCCAAGUCUUUAUCAAGAGAUGCAAAUGAUGCUAUAUUAGCAACAAGGAUACUUUCUCAAAAUCAGGUUAGGAGAUGCUGUGUCUUUUUAAGAGAGUCUUGUGAGGUGCAUGCCGACUGUGGUUGCAACCCGCACUCUUCAUCCACGGUAUACUUCGGAAUGAAGCGAGGGGCAGUCGUGCGCGUAUGAUAUUGGCACCCAGUUGUGACAGCAGUAUUGGACAUUUGACCAUCUUACAGCAGGUUACCGCUAUUAUUUUAUCGAGUAUCGGGGGACCAAUCAUGUCUUCAAGAGAAAGACAAAAAGGAAAUAUGACGAAAGACAGCGUCAGCUUGCUGCCCUGCUUCUAUUUCGUUGAGCUCCCCAUCCUGGUGUCGUCGGUGGUGAGUCUGUACUUUCUGGAGCUGACAGACGUGUUCAAGCCGGUCCGCUCGGGGUACAGCUGCCACGACCGCAGCCUCAGCCUGCCCUACAUAGAGUCCACUCAUGAGAUUAUCCCCCUGCUCAUGCUGCUCAGCCUGGCCUUUGCUGGACCCGCCAUCACGAUAAUGAUUGGAGAGGGGAUCCUGUUCUGCUGUCUGUCCAGAAAGAGGAAGGGUGUCGGGGCAGAGGCAGACAUCAAUGCAGCAGGCUGUAGCUUUAACUCCUUCAUCCGCAGAGCUGUCAGAUUUAUUGGCGUCCAUGUGUUUGGCCUGUGUGCCACAGCUCUCAUCACGGACAUCCUCCAGCUAGCGACGGGCUACCAUGCGCCUUACUUUCUGACUGUGUGUAAACCCAACUACACCACGCUCAACACAACCUGCGACGAGAACACCUACAUCCUGCAGGAUAUCUGCUCCGGGUCCGAAAUCGCAGCCAUCAACCAGGGCAGAAAAUCUUUUCCGUCUCAACAUGCCACACUGGCUUCCUUUGCCGCCGUCUACAUCUCUAUGUACUUCAACAGCACGCUUACUGAGUCUUCUAAACUACUGAAGCCUCUGCUGGUCUUCUCCUUCGUCAUCUGUGCCAUCAUUUGUGGGCUGACCCGGAUCAUCCAGUACAAGAACCAUGCUAUUGAUGUCUACCUGGGCUUUCUGCUGGGCGGGGGAAUAGCUGUAUACUUAGGUCUUUACGCAGUGGGGAACUUCCAGCCCAGUGAGGAUAGCUGCAGCUGCCCUCCUCCCCAGCCCCGCGGUCCCUGUCCUUUACCCCACAUCAGCCAGGAGGCCAUGCGCCAUUUACAGGUGAAGAGCUGCAGCGCCAAUAUGGACGGGCUCUCUACCUCCCACUCCGAGGGCAUCCUCCACCAUAACCCCCACCACCGAGAUCCCUCCUCUGGCUCCCUCACCAACCUGAAGAGGUCCAGCGCUGACGUGGAGGUCAUCACCUCACCCCGCAGCCCCAUGGGAAAGGAGAGCAUGGUGACGUUCAGCCACACCCUCCCCCGUGUCCACACGCCAGCGAUGGAUGAUGGCACACGCCGCAACGCCACCAUCCACCACAGUCACCAUGCCUCCAUGGACUCCUCCCGCUCCAAACAGCUCCUCUCUCAGUGGAAGAGCAAGAAUCAAGAGAGCCGAAAGCACUCCCUGCAGGUGAUGGAGGGUGAGGCGGCGGCCCAGUCACCCCACCACCGGGGGAGCAUGGACUCCAUGAGGUACAGCUCUGAGCCCUCAGCCGUGGGGAUCAACGGGGUCGAUCUGCCAACGCAGUAUGUGAAGCUAGCUACCGGGGCCAGCACCACACUACCCAGAGACUGCAGCGGCAUAACAGGAGGGGCCAGAGUCUCUAUGCAGUCCCGACCUGGUUCCUCACAGCUGGUCCAUAUCCCAGAGGAGACCCAUGAGAACUUCAACAACCCCUCGCCCAAGAUGGGUGCGGGAGAUGUAGGCGGUGGUGAUAUAUGCAAUAGUGGAGCUCAUGUAAACUGGGUGAAGGCUGCUGAGAAGGCAACUGCCCCAUGUAGGACUAUGAAUGGCAGCCAGCAGCCGCGGAUAAUGCAGGUGAUUGCCAUGUCCAAACAGCAGGGUCUGCUCCAGACUCACUCCAAGAGCAUGGACGAGGGCUGCAUGGACGGAUACACCGGAGGGUCCCUCCGCUACAGAACCCUGAAUGAACCAAAUCCCAUGGGCACGACUUGCAGCACGUUGGGCAGCUCCGUGGGCAGCAUCUCAGGCAGCACUGGAGCCAUCGUGAGGGUGGACGCCCAUCCCGAGAACAACAACAACCGCCCCAUGGUUCACGCCCCUUCAACGGAUAUUAGCAGUGGGGGUUCCUGGAAGACCUGGAGGUCCCAGGACCAGUGUGGGGCUGGUGGUAUCGGUGGAUGCAGCCAGGGCCAGUCAUUCGAGCUGAAUGACCUGAAUAGAGAUUCAGAGAGCUGCGAGUCCCUGUCCAUGAGGGACGGCUCCAUUGGCUCCAUAGACAGGAGGAGACAUGCAAAUCCCACUGCUGCCACCAAUACACAGAACGCAGGGGGCGGGGAGCACUCCCUCCAACAGCAGCAGGGGAUCACCACCAUCAGAGUGACCCCAGUAGAGGGGGGUGAGGUCCCCUCAGAGCCCCACUCUGUGGCCUCCAGCCGGGACUCCACACUCCGGAGGAAAGGGAAAGGGAACAUCAUCCUGAUCCCAGAGCGAGGGAACAGCCCGGAUAACACCAGGAACGUUUUCUACAAGGGGACUUCAUCAACACCCGGUUUGUAGAGGAAGAGCAUUGUCACUUGGCUGUGUCCCAAAUGGAACUGUAUUCCCUAUAUAGUACCUGCUUUUGACCAGGACUCAUAGGGCUCUGGUCAAAAGUUGUACACUAUAUAGGAAAGAGGAUGCCAUUUGGGAAACUGCCCUUGUUCACUUGGAUGUUCACAGAAUUUUCAAGAAAAGAACAGUCAGUGGGAGGGAUUGUUGCACUCUUGGGGAUGUUUGACCCCUUCCACUGCAUCUGUGAUAAGAGGCAAUCCAUCGCCAAACGUUGUAUCCAGAUACAUUUUAUUAGUCACAAAGCAGGCUUUAUUCAGCAUGAUAUUUGUAAUUCUUCCCACAAAAGCACAACCUUUUUGGUCUUGUAGAGCGGUUUACUAUGUUCUUAUGUACUCUAAUAGAAACAUAAUAGCACUGGAAUUGUGUCCAAUUUGAAAUAUUUUCAAAAGUGGGUUAUUUUCCUUUUUUUCCACAAAGUUCAAUACUACCCCCUGUGUAAUGCUUUAGUGGGAUAUUGCAAAGUUGUGUACCAUAACGGUGGAAACGAUAAUCCUUUAAUUAUCUGCAUCGUAAAUCAUUUUGAACUGUGUGCUAAACCACCCACACUAUUUAGAUCAGGGGUGUCAGGGGUGAUUUUGCCCCGGGGGCCGCAUUCGGUCUUCAAAAAUGUGUUUUAUUUAAAAUUUGCAAGACAUACUGUAGUCCUCUAUCAAUUUUGGAAUUUUCCAUGCUCCCUGACUGUCUGGCUUUCAUUUUGGGGAUUAUUAGCAGGCAAGACAGGCAAGAAGC